AUGUGUGUUGGCAUUCAUCAUCGCCAACAAGAGGAGCGGCAACGAGUUGACCCUCCGAAGCACGAAGCCGCGGCCAAGUCUUCGCAGCACGACGCAUCCGGUAGCGAAGGCGAAACCAACUUCAAGGCACCCGCCAAGAAGCCCGCCGCAGUUUCUCGGGCAGCCAAGAAGACUACGGUCGCCAAGAAAGCUCCAGCGGCGUACGACUCCGACCCUACGCCGGCUCCGAAGAAGGCGGCCAAGAAGACUCCAGCCGCCAAGCCAGAAACAGGGGCGGAUGUCUCCGAUUACGGCCCUCUGCCGGCUCCGAAGAAGGCGGCCAAGAAGACUCCAGCCGCCAAGCAAGCUCCAGCGGCGGACGACUCCGACCCUCUGCCAGCUCCGAAGAAGGCGGCCAAGAAGUCUCCGGCCGCCAUGCCAGAAACAGGGGCGGAUGACUCCGAUUCCGACCCUACGCCGGCUCCGAAGAAAACUGCCAAGAAGACUCCGGCCGCCAAGCCAGCUACAGCAGUGGAUUACUGCGAUUCCGACCCUAUGCCGGCUACGAAGAAAACUGCCAAGAAGGCGCGAAUCGUGCUGUCUUCUUCCUCCGACGGUGACUGCCCACCUUCGGUGCCGCCGCCGACUACGAGCGGCCGCUUCAGGGCGGCACCUGCCAAGUGCGACUUCGGAAGUGACAGCGACGAUGAAUUCUGA